ACAUAGCUGCUGCUCUGCGAGAGGAAGAGUUUGAACACACUGCGGAGGGAGUGCGGCCAUGGGUAACGCACAGGACAAGCCCCCGGGUAGCGGAGGAGGGGGAGGCCGAUCGCAUCAGGCCACAGCGGGGAACGGGACGAGAAACCGGGGCGGAAGCACCGCGGAAAAGCCCCAGACGCCGAGAGCUCCAGGAAAGGGGGUGGCCAACGGCGCUCGGAGGGAAAACAGCCCUGCUGGUGGACAAGAGGAGCAGGGCAGCCCUGCAGCGGACACUAGUUAUCUGGACGCCCCCGCCGGGGCACUUCCUCCUCACCUGGCCCGGCUCAAGAACGCAGGGAACCACCUCUUCAAAAAUGGCCAAUUUGGGGACGCCUUGGACAAGUACACACAGGCCAUUGAUGGGUGUGCUGAAGCAGGCAUCGAUAGUCCAGAAGACCUGUGUAUUCUGUACUCCAACAGAGCAGCCUGUUUCCUGAAGAAUGGAAGCAGCACCGAAUGCAUACAGGACUGUAACAAGGCUUUGGAGCUGCAGCCGUACUCCUUGAAGCCCCUGUUACGCAGAGGCAUGGCCCAUGAGUCACUGGAGCGCUACAAAAAGGCCUACGUGGAUUAUAAGACUGUCCUGCAGAUAGACACCAGCGUGCAGGCGGCUCACGACAGCGUCCACAGGAUCACCAAGAUGCUUAUCGAGCAGGACGGUCCUGAGUGGAGAGAGAACCUUCCGGAGAUUCCCGCCGUCCCUCUGUCCGUCCAGCUGCAGCACAGAGACAAACCGAUCAGCGCGGAAGUAGCACAAGCCCGAGCCGCCCGGGCUGCUCAGGAUGAAGUGAGGAGAAAAGACGCCUGCUUUACUUUAUUAAAACGGGAAGGCAACGAUCUGGUCAAGAAAGGCCACUUUCAGGAGGCUCUGAAGAAGUACAGCGAGUGUCUCGCAUUAAAACCUGAUGAAUGUGCUCUCUACACAAACAGAGCCAUUUGCCUCCUGAGACUGAAUCGCUUUGAAGAGGCCAAACAGGACUGUGACUCUGCACUGCAGAUGGAGCCGGGCAACAAGAAGGCCUUCUACAGACGAGCCCUGGCUUAUAAGGGUCUACAGGACUACCUGUCGGCCAGCAGUGACCUCCAGGAAGUCCUUCAUCUGGACCCAAAGGUUCAGGAAGCAGAGCAAGAGCUUGAGGUGGUGACGGGCUUGCUGAGACAGAGUCUGAUGGACAGUACUUCACACACACCAAGGGUUUGAUGUUUGUGGAGGAAUGAAACAGGUAUGCACGCGUACUGUUCUGUAGCAGUUAUUGAGGAAAAGGACUCUUAAAGCCAUCGGUUGCAGUAAGUACGACCUGUAAAAAAAAUGAAAUGACUGGCGUUGACUUCUGGGACGGGCUCCUUGGACGAUCAGCUUUUUCAGCUCUGCAAUGUGUGCAAACCACUCCUGAGUACACGGCCUUACAUAACGGGCAGCUUUAUUUAAAAAGGCUAACAUCGAGGUACUCAUGACCUGCUUGCACUAUAAAUCCUUCACAUUAUGACGUAAUGUACUGUACAUACAGAUCGAUUUGUAACGGCCUGCAGAGCGCUGUUUUGUGGGGAAGUGUAAGAGUGUAUUAUGUGUGCCUUAUUGAGAUUUCUACCACAGUCGGCCAAGAUUCAACUUUGAUUUGUUUUCACGAUGUUGGGUUUGGUUCCAUUAUGUUUCAAUGAGCUCAUGACCCAAAGCACUGACAGAAACGGAUACAACUCAACUGUAUUGUGUAUAUAGAGAUGAGGAACUCCCAGAAAGAUUUUAAAAAGUUGGAAAAAGUCAUCUGGUUCAAUCUUUUUUUUUUUUUUUUUCAGGGUUUCAGCUAUUCCUGCUACAUCUGGCACUGUUUACAUGUUUCAUCAGCUGCUACAUUUUAAAAAAGAUGAGCCAACAUCUCACUAUAAAACAUACAGCUAAAGACCCCGAAGAAUUAAUGCGUUAAAACUAUAAUUUAAGAUGGUAAAAUAAUGAUUUAUCAGUUAAAAUAUCUCAUGAGCUCAGUGCUUAAGUUGUUGUUAAUAAUAAAUUGUCCCUUCAUUGGUUUAGGAAAUAUCCAGCAACUGAAGGUAGCAUUACUGAAUCAUGUACUGUAAGAAUUGUAGGUCUCAGGUUCAAUCUUGAAUGAAAAUAAGAUGACUGCAUGCGUCUUUGUGUGUGAAUAGGUGUACAGUAUUUACAUUUGGAAAGUCUUAUCAGAAUAGUUUUAAUAGCUUUUAACUCUGAACCCCCUGGAUCUGCUCAUAGAAUCCCUCACAGCCUCCAUUCAACAAAAGAUUUAAACAUACGUGGUAGAGAAGUAACCUACAGGGUGAUGGAUUACAGUCGAUAGCGGUUCAGCCUGAUAAAUUGAUUGGUGUCUGGCUUCUCCAUCAACUGGUUCAAGUCUCUUUACAAAAAAAUGUUUGGGGUGCUGCAGGUUGGAACCUACCCGGCAACAACAUAACUCUCCCAUGAGAUCUUCAAGUUUGUAUCCAGACUGCAGGUCCACAUUUGUGAAGCCCUACAGCCAUGAUCCACACACAGGUGUUUUCACUUUAUUUGCUAAUUAGAGCUGUGGCAGUGCUUGAUUGAUUCGCCUGUUUGCAUCAGCACACCUGUUUUGUAACGACUAAGACUUUUAUCACUCUAGCAGACUUCAAUAGCAGCAGAGGUCUAAUUAACUGAAAUAACUGAAAACACCUGCGUUGGUGUGCAGGACAUUUUAAAUAUCUUUCUUUUAAAUCUCCCAUUCCUAAGUUUUGAAACAACCUGAAAACAAUGUAAAUCUUUGUACAGCACAAUGUGCCACAACUUUCAUUUCUUUCAUACUUUGAUGUAUUGAUUAAUAUGUCCAAUCUUAUUUUACCGGUUAACCUUUUUUUUUUUUUUUUUUUUUUCCUUGUCUAAAUAAAAGCCUAAAAUCUCAACUAAAUGAAAACACCUGAUAUGAGGCUUGACGUGUUGCUUUGUGGAAUGUAAGAGCAUGUACUGUAUGUAAAUAGUUUGGAUGCAAAUGUAAAUAAUAAACUGCUACAUGGAUGCUUUAAAGUG